AUUCGAUAUCUUAGGAAUAAUACUGCCAAUGUAUACAAUGGAUGGCAAAGAAGCAAGAUGAUCCUCGCCAUAAGAGGGAGAAGAACAUCUUUUAGAAUCUUCUUAUUUCAAAAACAUCUGUUGAGCGUAUUCCUUAUCUUUCAAUGGGCCAUGCUUCACCUUCUAACAGCUGCUACAGAAGGGGGUGUUAACGAUGGAUGCAAAGUAUCCUGGAAUGUUUCUGUCGUCCUGAUCUCUUGGAGACCCCCAGCUGUUCGUGUUCGAUGGCAUUUAAAUCCCACAAAUUUCUCAGUCGCAAGAUUUGAGUUAACAUACCGUCCACUGAACGCUAGGUAUCGGGUGGUGUAUGAUAUUCCGAGAGAGCAAAGAUCACUUAUACUGGAGAGGCUACAACCGGGUACAGAGUAUCAAUUGCACAUAGUGGCAUUCGAUCUCUCCGAAAAUCCUACCAACAUCAGUGGCAAGGUACACUUCGUAUCCCCUGAUGUUACACAAAAUGAUAACUGGAAUCAAAAAGCACACAUGGAAGCUAAAUCUUCUACUCCAUUCACAUUUCGAGAAGAAGAAGUGGUCAUCAUAGUGCUUGUACUAGCAGUCUGGGUAUUCGUCAUAGUACUUUUCUUCAACAAGUGGGGAAAAAUCCGCAUGCUGGAACCCUAUCAACCACAGUACCACUCGCAUCCGGUUAUAGCUAAACCCACUCGAUUGCCACUCAAUGAUGCUUUGGCUCCUCUUGAACGAUUCAACAUGGAAUUUGGCACAGCAUCUACUCCGUACUACAUCAACAGGAUGCGAUCCAGGCAAAAUUCGGUGUUUGUUGGCAGUCCUUAUAGAAGUAGAAGCGGCUCCAUGCUUUCAGAACCUCGAAUGCCACGAAAAGUAAAAAGUGCUGAGGACAUUAAAUCAUUAGUAAUUCAGGUUGGUGAUAGGAAUUUUCAGCAGCCUACGGCCCUUUGAAUAAAGUUCUAGAGCACUUUUUGCCACCAUAACAUAUGCCAACAAACACAAGAAGAAAAAAACAUGUUAAUUUGAUGGUACAAACCGGUUCCAACGGAUUCUAUCACAAGUGCAAAUUGUUGAUAGUAUUGCGCAAACAUCGUUGCUCCACAUUUGUGGUGGUAAAUGUACUUGUGUGUUUUUUAAUGAAUCCGGAACCUGUUAUAAUCAGCAAAAAAAGGAAGGAAAAGUAGCAAAAUGAGGUAUCUAAGGAGGUAUCAGUGCAAAAAGGAGGCAGUUUCGGUAUCCUUUUCUGCACCAAGCACUUCAAAAUGAAUUUAUCAACACAUUUUAUAACAAUUUUCACUGCAUUGUAACUGUAAACGGAUUGUUUAAAUUUCAGAGUCAAUUUUCAUCUAUAAAGUUUUAAAUGAAUAUAAUUGUUAGAAGUUUUCCAGAAGGUUAUUGAUAUUUACUAUCUUAUAUAAUACUGUAUAUGAGAGCAAUGAACAAUGUUAUUUACCACUGAUCUGGAGAAAUUCAAAGUAAAGUUCAAGUUAUUUGACAUAGAGGUUUUUGACUUUACGCCCAGGUUCUAGUUUUAACCAUUUCGAAAUGGUUAAAGCUUGAGUCUGUAGUUUUCGACUUUUGAUAGACUCUAGUCUUGCUUACCUUGUGAAACUACACAUUGUUAUAGGAUAACGGUCCAAAUAAUGUAUUUUCCAUUUAUUACACAGCAAUGUUUAAGUAGUUUCGUAUAAAUAUAUCAUGUACAUAUACUUAAGUGAAAAA